UCUAGAUUUUUAUGAAGCAUUAUUCAAGAGUUAGAGAAAAGAGUAUGGAAAAAUUCGGAAAAUUCAAACUUAGUUAUAUUUUACCCAGAGAAAAAUCCCAGACAAAUAUAUCUAAAUAUAAUUACGGCCAGAUGCAGAGUUUUCCUGAGAUCUUACAUGAAUAUGUGAGCACCAGAUAUUCUAAUAAAAUUGCAAAAAGAAGAGUAUCCUCAAAAUCAGAUGCAAACAUUUCUUGUGGAAAGACUCGUGAGCCAUUAACACAAAGAUCACAGCCAAGAAUCUCCUCUUUUUUCAAAUCUAGGGAGAAGUUUAGCAGAAGUAUGACAAAAGUUAUGGAGAUCUGGACAGAAUGUAACAAGGAAUCUUCAUUUUAG